AUGACCUCUAUUCAAAAUCUUACUUCAGCCGACCCCUUUGCCAAUGACACAAACUUAGGUGGAGAUACUAGUAUAUUGUAUAUUCACAUUCGUAUUUUCCAAAGAAGUGGACGUAAAGCUUUAACUACCAUUGAAGGUCUCCCAAAGGGUGUAGAUUUCAAGAAGAUUCUCAAGUUUUUCAAAAAGGAAUUCUGUUGUAAUGGAAGUCUUUUAGAGGACGAAACUAUAGGUACAGUUGUUCAACUCCAAGGUGAUCACAGAAAGGAAACUGCCCAGUUCCUCAUCGAAGAAUUGAUAUUUCAACAAACCAAACCAACAAAAUAUUGGAUUCAAGAUCUUAAACAUCAUCCAACUAGUAUUAUCGUUUUCAACAACACAACAUAUAAUCAUUUGCAUUCUACUACACUACCACCGCCAUCACCACCACCAUCAACAACAAUGGAUCAAACAUCUGAUGAUAAGAAACGUCCAUCAGAGGACAAUGGAACACCUUCUGGGCGUCCAACCAAACGCGCACUAUCUUCUUCCGAUUCACCUUCAACAAUUGCUCUUUCGGGUAGCUCCAAUGCAUUAAAUGCUAGUGGUCCAAAUGCUCCUGAUCAAAAUAUAUUACUAUUCCAAAAUCGAGCAAUGAAAAUCAGAGUAGAGGAACAGAAACAUGAAAUUAGUGAUAAAGAAGUCAAGAUUAGGAACAUGUCAUCGAAACUACAUACAUCUGAAGAGAUAAUGAGUACUCUUUGUAGAGUUUGGGAUCAAGUAUCAGCAAAAUUAGAUAUCGAUUCACCUUAUCAUGAUUUGAAUAAUAAUAAUAAUAACGAUUCACCAUCAUCAACAUCAAAUAUGAAUGGAACCAAUACAAAUAAUAAUAAUGGAACAAAUAAUAAUAGUAAUAAUAAUAAUAAUAAUAAUAAUAAUGGACCAAUUGAAUCAUCAUAUGGUUUUCUUGCAAGUUUUAUAUCUGAACCAUCACCAUUAGAUGAUGAUUAUAGUUUGGAAUUAUCACUUCAAAAUCGAAUCAAAAAGACACAAUCUACAUUCUCAAAGAUUGUUGAAUCUGUACUCAAAGAACAUUCUCUAUCAAAUACUGUAUUUCGUUUAUUAAAAUCAUCCAAAGAUAUAACAUCAAAUGAUUAUGAAAGAUUAUUAAAAGAUGAAAAUGAAAGAUUAUCAAAACAUAAUCAAAUUCUUCAAAAUGCAUAUGACAAGCUUCAAAUUCAGAUUAAAUAUCUAAAUGACCAAACGAGUCAUUUGGCAGACCAGUCAUCAAGCUAUCAAUUGACGAGUGAAGAGUUUAUCGACCUACAAAAGCAAUCGGAUGCCAGAUUGUUAGAGGCACGCAAAUUGCGAGAGGAAAAGGCCAACCUGCUCAAAGACCUCCAGCAGAUGCAAGUCGAGAUUCGCAACAUACCCGAGGAGAGAAUCCAACACACCAUGGGCUACUCGAUCCUCACCAAGCGAAUGGGCUUUAUGACCGAGGAGUUGGAGCAAAAGAGUGGUCUCUGUGCCAAGUUGCAGGCCGAUCUCAUCCAACUGUCCAACAGCAGACGUCAAGACCUUCAGAACCUCGAGACCACCGAAAUCAUGCGUCGUCAAACGGCCGAGAGAAGAAUCAACCAACUCGAGGCAGAGGCCACCGAAUUAAAGUCGGAAAAGGAGAAACUGAUUGAAAUCAUUGAACAUCGGAAUCCAAACGUUCCAUCGCAAGAAUAUAUUACCGAAUCUCGCAUGCUUCUCGAAUCAAAGGAUCAAGACAUUGCCAAAAUCAAAAAAGAAAUAGAAACUCUCAAGGAAAAUAUCGAAAAGUACAAAGACUAUAAACAACAAAUCAUCUUGGCCGAAGAAAAGGCAAAUAGACAAAUAGAAGUAAAGAAUUUGGAAAUUAAAGAAAUUAUGGAAAAAUUAAGAGAAACUACAAGAUUAAAUGAAGAAUUAAAAGAAAAAGAAAAAAAACUAAUUGAAAAAGAAAAAGAAUUACAAUUAUCAGUUCAAUUAUUAAAAUCGAGUUCAUCUGAACAAGUAGAUUCACAAGAUCUUAGAAUAAGUGAAAACAAACUUAAACAUAGAGUGGAAGAGUUGGAGAAAGAGAUUGGAGACAUUGAAGAGUCUAAAAAGAGUCACAACGAACAACUUGCAUCGGUGCAAGAAAAACAUAAAGAGACUAUGCGUGAACUAGAGGCAUCGCUUGCACAAUUGCGUGGCAACGAAGAGUCUCAUCGUCAAGAGUCCGAGGCAUUGAUGGGGGAGAUUGACAGUAUGGGCAAGGAAUAUGAAAAAAUGACGGAACAAAAUACACGUCUGAUGAAACAAUUGUCAGACAAGGAAGAUACACAUGCACAUCUCAUGGCAGAGAAUAUAAAGGCGCAACAAGCCAUCAGAAUCUCGAGAGAGAGUCAAAUGGCCUCUGAGGACAAGGCCCUACGUAUCGAAGAAAAAUUAAAACAACAAAAUGAAUUGUUGUCCAAGAUGGAUGAAAAGGCUUCACAACUUCAAAAACAAUUGCUAAAGGUUAGCGAUGAUUUCCAAGCCUGUUCAUUUGAACUCGAAAAGUUUAAACGUAUCACUAGAGAAACCGCUGCUCAUUCACAAGAACUAAAGGUUCAAGUAGAUCAUCUUAGUCUUCAAAAUCAAGAAUGGCACAAAAAAGCUGAUGAAUCAAUUUUUGCUUUAGAAAGAGAAUCUGAUAGAGCUAAAAGAUUAGAAGAGGAUAAACAACAAUUAAAGAAAAAAUUAGAUAAAGCAAAUGCAAAUGCUCCAUCAUCGGUAUCGGCAUCAAAGGCUGAAGAGGAAUUAAAGAAUAUUAAUCAAAGACUUCGAUGUACAGUUUGCAAUGAUCGUCAAAAGAAUUAUGUCAUUGCCAAAUGUUUUCAUGUGUUUUGUAAGGAAUGUAUAUACUCAAAUAUUGAUACCAGAAAAAGAAAAUGUCCUAUUUGCAUGGGAACCUUUUCAGGUAACGAUGUUCAUCAAGUUUAUAUUUAA